GAACCAAAUAGAGAUCACCAAUGCCACCUAAGUUCUGUUGCCUCUGUGCGUAAAACCUGACCGACGCCAUGAGUGGGAGAGUUGGAGACCUCAGUCCGAAACAGGCAGAAAUAUUAUCUGAGUUUAGGGAGAGAGUUCAGGACAUCCUCCCAGCCCUCCCGGCUCAGCACGACCACUACCUACUCCGCUGGCUCAGAGCUCGUGGUUUUAAUGUAACCAAAUCGGAAGCAAUGAUCAGAAAGCAUGUGGAGUUCAGGAGGAAGAUGAGGGUGGACGCCAUCAUCUCUGAAUGGGACCCCCCCGAGGUCAUUAAGAAGUAUGUCUCUGGCGGUAUGUGUGGCUACGACCGUGAGGGGAGCCCUGUGUGGUAUGACGUCAUUGGGCCCCUGGACCCAAAAGGCCUCCUCCUGUCCGCCACCAAGCAGGACUUCCUGAAGACCAAGAUCAGACACACAGAGAUGCUGCACAGGGAGUGCGGCAGGCAGUCCGAGAAGCUAGGAAAGAACGUGGAGGCCAUCACUCUGAUAUAUGACUGCGAGGGUCUGGGCCUGAAGCACAUAUGGAAGCCAGCUAUCGAGGCGUAUGGAGAGAUCCUCACCAUGUUCGAGGAGAAUUAUCCAGAAGGUGUGAAGAGAGUAUUUCUCAUCAAAGCACCAAUGAUGUUUCCGAUGGCCUAUAACCUGAUCAAACACUUCCUGUGUGAGGAAACCAAGCGAAAGAUCAUGGUCCUGGGAGGCAACUGGCAAGAGGAGUUGCAGAAACACGUCAAUAAAGACCAGCUUCCUGUCAUCUAUGGCGGAUCGCUCACCGACCCGGACGGAGACCCUCGCUGUCGGACCAUGAUCAACUACGGCGGCCCGGUGCCCAAGUCCUACUACCUGCGUGACUCGCUGAAGGUCACCUACGACACCAGCGUCAGCAUCAGCCGGGGCUCGGUGUUCGACCUGGAGUACAACAUCACCGUGCCAGGCAGCAUCCUGAGGUGGCAGUUUGCGAGCGACGGGUCCGACAUCGGCUUCGGCGUGUUCCUCCGGUGCCAGGAGGACGGGGACGGCGGUCAGCGCCAGGUGGUCCCUAGCGAGCGCUACAACGCACACCUGGUCCCAGAGGAACAAUCCCUGCUCUGCCCUCAGCCCGGCACAUACGUGCUGCGCUUUGACAACAGCUACAGUAUCCUGCACUCCAAGCGGGUCAGCUACAACGUGGAGGUCCUCCCCCCGUCAGAGGGUCCGACCCCGGGCCCCUGAGGCCUCCCCCGGGCUGGUGCCAGGCUCCAGUGAGGCCCCUCAACAAACCUCCCUCUGAAACAUUCUCAUCUUUCAUUCAAUCCAAUCCAGAUGGGGCGAUAGUCCCAACACAGUGUACAGCCCUUACCCACAACGACAGUCUCAUGGGCCUUCACAGGCCCACUCUGUACGACACCCCCUCUUACCCUAAAGGGAAGAGGAAAAUCUCCCCAAAAACGGAGAGGGAAGAAAGCUCGAGAAGGAGCCGGAUGGGGUACUACCUUCAGUGCUGCUGAGGAGGGCAACAGGUGCAGACAUGUAGGAGAGGUAGGAUGAAACAAGCAGAAAUGCAUGUAAGAAGGUUAUUAUAUAUUACUAUUAUUAUAAUAAUGGUAUUAUUAUUAUGAGAACAUUUUUCGAAUUGUAAUAGAUUAAAUACAAAUUCAAUUAUGGUGCUAGUCUUUGCACCACACACCAAGAUCAGACAAAGUGUGAUCUCUGUGUGAUCUUAGGAAGAGAUGGAAAAUAUUAUCUGUGUAAUGUAAUAAUUUAGA